GCUUCGACAUCAGCUGCUCUUCUCGCAGCACAGCGGCGUCCGGCUCGAAGGGACGGCACGGCGCAAAUCCGCGGCUCAAAUGUUGCUCCUAUUAAUUAUCGCGGGCCUCGGCGUGGUGACGUUACUCGUGAUUCUGUUUGCACCGCACAUACGAAAAUAUGCGGCGGGAGGAGUGUGCAAGUCCGCAGCCGGUCUGGACGGGAAGACCGUCCUCAUCACUGGAGCCAACACGGGGAUUGGGAAGGAGACUGCCCGGGACUUGGCAAUGCGAGGGGCUCGGGUGAUCAUGGCAUGCCGCGACGUGGAAAAGGGCGAGGCGGCUGCGGCCACUAUACGAGCUGCGUGCCCCAAAGCGCAAGUGGAGGUUCGAGAGCUCGAUUUGGCCGAUACCUGCUCCGUACGUGCCUUCGCCAAGAAAUUCCUCAGAGACAUCACCAAUCUUCAUAUCCUCAUCAACAACGCCGGGGUGAUGAUGUGCCCUUACACAAAAACCAUCGAUGGCUUUGAAAUGCACAUAGGAGUCAAUCACUUGGGUCACUUCCUGUUGACGUCCCUCCUGAUCGGGCUGCUGAAACGCAGCGCGCCAGCCCGCGUAGUUGUGGUCUCCUCUCUGGCACACAACUUUGGCUGGGUCCGUUUCCACGACCUUCAUAGCCAGGGCAGCUACAACAGCGGAUUAGCAUACUGCCAGAGCAAACUGGCAAAUGUGCUCUUCGCCAGAGAGUUGGCCCGUAGACUCAGAGGUACCAACGUGACAGUGAACUCAGUCCAUCCGGGGACGGUGAACUCUGACCUGACCAGACACUCGACGCUCAUGGCGGUGUUCAUGACGGUCUUCUCCGUGUUCGUAAAAACCCCGUGGGAAGGAGCGCAGACCAGCAUCUACUGUGCUGUGGCCGAGGAGCUGCACUCUGUCUCCGGGAAACACUUCAGUGACUGCGCCCCUGCCUUUGUAGCCCCACAGGGGAGAAGUGAGGAGACGGCGAGGAGACUGUGGGACGUCAGUUGUGAGCUUCUUGGUAUUGAGUGGGACUGAUGCAACUUUUAACCAUCACCAACCCGGUUCUCUAAGGAUUCAUUAUCCGCUCUUUUACCAUUCAUUUCAUUUGUUUCAUUAUGGUUUUGAUGUUCUUUACUUUGAAUGAUUCUAACCUAAUAGGCAGUCAGGUAAUUAUUAUCAGCGGUACUAUAAUGUGAAGUUGCUUUUUUGUGUAAUAAUGCAGUACAAUAACUUGAGCAUUUUGAUGCCCUACAAAACCACAUAACUGUAUCAUCAUGUACAAAUAACAAAAUAUGACAUUAUAUUUUUGUGACACAAUGUGACUACAGUGUAGGCAAAAAAGCAACUUGAUGUAUUGUAAUGCUGUAGGAUACUGUGAAGGGUGAAGCCAGGGUAAAAGACCAGCAUCUUUAUCGAAUAUUGUUUUUUGAUUUCUCCAAAAUUUGCAGCUAAAUCGCUUGACUUCUGUGCCAGCAUUUCUAAACAAUUGCAGGGUUUCUUACAGUGUUUCCAGGUUGAUUAAAGAAAUUAGUGAACUAUUGAAGAUCAGCGUCAGUCUGAGCCACGAUUACCACUUGAAUUGCUUAAAUGUAUUUUGUGAUAAUUGUAGUACCCAUAGGUUCAAAGAGUUUUUUCUAUUUUAACCAAAUCAGAGUUAGAAUCAUGUCAUUGCAGUAUUUGUGAAGAUUUUUUUUUUUUUCGAUUUCCAUUGCCAAAAACAGCACAUUCCUGGAGGAAUUACAGUUGUGAAUUUAUAAGGAUCUCCCUACUCAUGUUUCCUUCCAAGCAUUCACAAGCAAGGUUGCCAAGAGUUUACAUUCUGUGUUUUAUACAAGUGAAACAUGCCUUUUACUACACUUACAUUCAUGUUAAGAGUUGAAUGUUUACAUCUGAUGUAAAUAAAACGGAAAUAUUACUACAAAAGGGGGCUGUAUCAGUCCUUUGAAAUCGUGAUCCAAAUGCUGUCAGCGAACAACUGCAUUAGUACGCAAACACAUUAGAUAAAGUUGAAUCAUCAACACAGAGCAACUGUGUCCAAUUUGAUCACAGUUUUACAGACAACAAACAUGCUGAAAAGAAAAAAUAAAGGAAAGUUCCACUUAUUGGGAAAUAGGCUUAUUCACUUUCUUGCAAGAGUUAAGUUAAGAGUAUCGAGAGCAUCAGUUUUUGUAAACAUUAAACAAGAUAAAAUGUUUUCAUCAGUAAGACCUUUAGAGGAAGCUGGACACAGCUGGGCUUGCAGCUGCCCCCGAUUUCCAGUCUUUAUGCUAAGCUAAGUUACAGGUAGCUUCAUGUUUAGCAAACAGACUUGAGAGUGGUAUAAAUCUAAUCAUCGAACUACUGACAAGAAAGCAAAUAAUCAUUUCUAAUAAUGUUGAACUGUUCCUUU